CGGCCUCCCGCGCGAAGUUUAGUUUGGAGGCCUUGCAUCUGCUGUUAGACUGAGGCGGGAUGUGGUCGCGAAUAAACCGGGCUGCCGAGGAGUUUUACACGCGUCUCCUGCAGGAAUUUGAUGAAGAAAAGAAAGGAAUCUGUAAAGACCCAUUUAUCUAUGAGGCUGAUGUCCAAGUGCAGUUGAUUGGCAAAGGCCAACUAAAUCCUUUGAAAAAUAUUCUAAAUGAAAAUGAUGAUGUUGUAUUCAUCUUGGAAAAAGUGCCUUUGGAAAAGGAAGAAACAAGUCAUGUUGAAGAGCUACAAUCUGAAGAAACUGCUAUUUCUGAUUUCUCUACUGGUGAGAAUGUUGGACCACUUGCUUUACCAGUUGAGAGGGCAAGGCAGUUAAUUGGACUUUACACCAUGGCUCAUAAUCCUAAUAUGACCCAUAUGAAGAUUAAUCGGCCAGUUACUCCCCUUCCUCCCCUUUGGGUAAGAUGUGACAGUUCAGAUCCUGAAGGGACCUGUUGGCUAGGAGCUGAGCUUAUCACAACAAAUAACAGCAUUACAGGAAUUGUCUUAUAUGCGGUCAAUUGUAAAGCUGAUAAAAAUUAUUCUAUAAAUCUUGAAGACUUAAAAAAUUCACAUAAGAAAAGACAUCAAUUGUCUGCUGUUACAGCCAGGGGCUUUGCCCAGUAUGAGCUCUUGAAGUCCACUACCUUGGAUGAUACAGUCCCCACAUCACAAACUACGAUUACUUUGGAUAUUUCCUGGAGUCCUGUGGAUGAGAUUCUUCAAAUCCCUCCACUCUCUUCAACUGCAACUCUGAAUAUUAAGGUGGAAUCAGGAGAUCCCAGAAGUCCUUUGAAUCAUCUUCACAGAGAACUGAAAUUUCUCCUUGUUUUGGCUAUUGGUUUGAGGACUGGUGUCACCGAAUGGCCUGCACCUCUGGAAGCAAAAUCUGCUGUUGAACUUGUGCAAGAGUUUCUAAAUGACUUAAAUAAGCUGGAUGGAUUUGGUGAUUCUACAAAAAAAGACACAGAGACAGUGAAGACCGAUAGUACUGCAUUAGAUCGUUCCAUCGAGUGUCUUUUCACAGUACGGGGCGAUCUGGAUUUUGCUGAGCAGCUGUGGUGCAAAAUGAGUAGUAGUGUGAUUUCAUAUCAAGACUUGGUGAAGUGUUUCACAUUGAUCAUCCAGAGUCUACAACGUGGUGACAUACAGCCAUGGCUCCAUAGUGGAAGUAACAGUUUACUAAGUAAGCUCAUUCAUCAGUCUUACCAUGGAGCCAUGGACACAGUUUCUCUCAGUGGGACUCUUCCAGUUCAGAUGCUUUUGGAAGUUGGUUUGGACAAACUAAAGAAAGAUUAUAUCAGUUUUUUCAUAGGUCAAGAACUUGCAUCUUUGAAUCAUUUGGAAUAUUUUGUUUCUCCAUCAGUAGAUAUACAAGAACAAGUUUGUCGUGUUCAAAAACUCCACCAUAUUCUAGAAAUAAUAGUCAGUUGCAAGCUUUUCAUUAAACCUCAACAUGAGCUCCUCUUUUCUUUAACACUAUCCUGCAUAAAAUAUUAUAAACAAAAUCCUCUUGAUGAGCAACAUAAUUUUCAGCUGCCAGUCAGACCAACUGCUGUAAAAAAUUUAUAUCAAAGUGAGAAGCCACAGAAAUGGAGAGUGGAAAUAAAUAGUGGUCAAAAAAAAGUGAAAACAGUUUGGCAACUGAGUGACAGUCUACCUGUAGACCAUCUGAAUUGUCACAAAUCUGUUACAGAUUUUUCUGAAUCAAUAUUAAACAGUAGCCUGGAAGAAAGGAUAUCCUUUACUACCAUGGUUACCUGCAGCCAGGUGCAUUUCAAGUGAAGGGUGCUGAUGGGCUCCUCUAUCAGGUGCAUAAGCCCAAAAAAGCAAAAAGAAAAAAAUUACUACAGAGCCUGAAAUAGAUAAUGUAAAUUUUUGAAGCAGAAAAUGGAGGAAGAGCCGGAAGAUUACUGAAAGAUGAAGCUGCAAAAUGAGUAACCCUGUCUCAGUUCUGGCUCCGAAGGAGGAACAUUAGGAGAACUGCAGCGAUUAGUACACAGAGGGUGCAGACUGUGGGUACCACGAUCUCCGUCACCAUCUGCAUAUGACUUAGCAAAGGCUCUGAAAUGGAACACCACCACAAAAGGGAAUGUGAUCAUUUUAGCAAGUAUAGUUUCAUCCUGAAAGCUUUAGCUGUACUGGAAAAACUUGGAAAAUGGCAUUACACUUUCUAAUUAUUAUCACUUGCUAUUAAAGAAUUAAACGUUAUAAAAGAUUAUGUGAGGUAUUUGGAAAAUAUUUCAGAAAACAGGAUAAAGAAUGCCUAAAUUUGAUUCUUCCAUAGGUAUUGUAAUAAAGUCUUAAGUGUGUAUUAAUCCUUGUGCGGACCAUAAUUAAUCUCAGAAUAUUAGCAGCUAUAUCCCAUGGCUUUAUAAUUUUCACUGGGGGAAUUUGUGAAAGAAAAAUCCUUAGGAAACAUUUCCAGCCUUUCAAAGAUGUUACUGUAUAUCUUAACCUUUUGCACUCGGAUGUCGAGUGUGACUCGACACGGUUAGCAUAGAGAUUAAAAUUACUCUUUGAAUGUAUCAAUAAUUUGAAAUAUUAAAAAAUCCAAAUAAAUAAGUUUGUAUGAAAAGAAA